ACCCUCUCCCAAAAUUCCCCCCUCCGCGUGUCAUUCAAAUUUUCAGUACUCUUAGCUUCUGUUCUUCCGAGCCGACUACUGAGAAAACAACAGAUCAGAUCCGGUUUCUGCUCGUAAUUCUCAUAUCAUCUUGGAAGGAAACAAGGGAGAAAGAUGUAUACUACUCUUUCGCUUGUUGGAGGGAUUCUCAUCCUUCUUCUUCUUCUUCUUCUAAAGAAACUCUUCAACAAAAGAACUACCGAUGCUUCUGCAGGGGUAAACAAGGACGCAGCAUCAUCAUCUGCAUGUGCCACACAAGAGUGCGAUUCCUCUUCUUCUGGGCGGGAUUACGAGGUGUUCUUGAGCUUCCGAGGUGAGGACACCCGCACUAACUUCACCGACCACCUCUACAACGCCCUUCUCGAGAAAGGAAUCCACACUUUCAGGGAUAACGAAGAACUACGAAUCGGAGAAAAGAUCGAUCAAGGGCUUUGCUCUGCAAUCCACAAGUCCAAAAUCGCCAUUAUCAUCUUCUCAAAAGGAUAUGCUUCCAGCCAAUGGUGCCUCUUUGAACUUGCCGAGAUUGUGGAGUCCAUGGAAAGACAAUUAAAAGUGAUGCCCAUUUUCUACAAUGUAGAUCCAUCGGAUGUCCGAAAUCAGACUGGUUGCUAUCAGAAUGCUUUUCGAGACCACAAGAAGAAUUUCGACCUGGAGACUGUAGAGAAGUGGAAGAAGGCUUUGAAAGAGGUUGGUCGAUUGAAAGGAUGGGAUAUGGAGAAUACUGCUGAUGGGUAAGUCCUCAACACUUCUCUUACCUUAAUAAGUCCUCCAAUGUCUCCAAUGUUCAGAUUCAGAUCAUCCCAGCUGCUGAGAAUUACAGUGGCUGGAGAGGAUCUGAGUCCCCAGUGUUGUUAAACUCGACCCCAGAUCCUCUCUAGCCGGCUGUAGGCGAGGGUGGUGUUGGAGCUACAGCAGGCUAGAGAGGAUCUGAGUCCCCAGUGUUCUUAAACUCGAGCCCAGAUCUUCUCCAGCAAGCUGUACCUCAAGACUCCGUCUCCAACACCAUCCCCACCUACAGCCGGUUGGAGAGAUCCAAAUUCUAAAAACUCGUGGGUGGGCACUGGGCAUGGUUUCAAGAAUUGGGAAUCAAAUCGAUGAAUGGAUUAAUUUGGCUCAGAAUCACUUUCUGAUUCCUACCGAUUCUGAUUCAUGUUCUUCGUAUUUCCAACUUGGAUAAGACCUAUUCCAGAGCCGAUUGCCGAUUCAAGAGCUGAUUCCAUUUUCAGUACAAAAUUACUUAGAACCGGAUGAAUCGGAUCGAUUCAAGCUGAUUCUUAUCCAAUUUGAAUCAGCCAUCCCCAGUUCUGAUUUUUUCUUUUUUUUUAAA